AUGAAACGACAAGAAAGGCAAAGCCCAGAGACGGAAACGGCGGAGGGUUCGAAAAAGACGACAAAGAAUUCGUCAGGAGCACCAAAUGCAGAGUUCAAAGAAAUGACGGACAUGCUGAUGAGGCUGGAAAAGAGCAUUGAACGGUGGAAGAAGGAGGUAGCAGAUGCUGCAAAGAAGAAGGAAGAAGAAGAACGACAGAAGAGAGAGACGGAGACGAUCGUAACGAUGGUGCAAGUGCCAGAAAACACCUUAAAGGUGAUGGAGAAGAUCGAAAAACUGAACAACGACGGUUGGAGACGAUUGAAGAGGUUUUUAGCCACAGAGGAAACAUCAGACGGAGCAGAGGGAACAAAACAAAGAAGAGCAUGUAACCAAGAGGACGCACCGGAGACGACGGAAACGGACAUGCCCAAAAGGAUGCAGAGGGCAUUAGAAAAACGAAAGAAAGAAGCGUUUGAGAUGAUUACAAGAAUCGACACGGAAUUGGUAAAACAUGCACUAAUGAAUGUUGGUGAACGAUUUGUGCUUGAUAAGGAAGGUACAGGGAAAGUACAAACGUUCGAAUUCGGAAAGACGCGCAUCCAUACUGGGAAGUUUGAGGACCUGAUGAACUUGUGGGAGAAACGGACAACAGGCGACAGACGGGAGGAAGAUGAAGACAGUGAUGAAGAGGAGAGGAUGGAUGCAGAAGGAUCAGGUGAACCACACGGAGCAGAAGAAUGUCAAAUGAACAUGGAGGUGAUGGACACCCAUGAAGAGAAGAAAGAAGAAAACGUACGGUGUCCACUGAGAAGCACCCCCAUAGAAUCCAGAAUUGAUUUGCAAGAGCUAGACGUGGAUGUGUUUCAAUACGCCAUCAGUGGAUGGGCAGCAGUGAUCGGCACGGGAACGUACACAGCUGAGGAAAUCAAGGAGAAAGUAUAUGCAGACCUGAAUUUAGAUGACAGCUUCAAGUUUGUGCAAAUCUACGUCAGAUGGUUCUUGACAAUGUAUGAGGAUUUCAUGGAUAAGAUGGCAACAGUAUUUGGAGUACCAAUAAUAGCAAUCGGAGCGUCACCACCAAACCCAACAUUGGGAGAGGAUGAAGGGAAAACGCUGGAUAAAGAUGAGGAAGGACUGCCGGUGGUCCCCUUAACAGUACAGGGACGAAUGAAUGCCGUUUUGGAUGAGGCAAGGAUGCAAGCUGGGCGAACGUUUCAAACCAAACUAUAUGAGGAACUAAGGAACAAAAUUGGAAUAAGACAAGGAGCGCAAGGUUCUCCAGGAUGGUGGGCAUUACCCACACCAAUCGAUUACCUAACCAAAUACAGUAGGGCGUAUGGAAAACUAAAAAGUUUCGGACAUAUCGCCCCAAGAGGAUUAUUGAAAUUUGCAAGAGACCAUGGAAUGGUCAUUGCGUUUGGCUUGGAACUAUUACCAGAAAGAUAUGCGGUGAAAUCAUGCUCCGGAAAAUGCGCAAUCUGGGGCGAAGAUGGAGGAGUCUUUUUUGGGAUACCACCAACCCAAGCCCAUGCACAUUGUGGUUUGACAGGACCAGUAGGGGCAUGCAAAGGAGGAGAAGAUAGGUUCUAUGACCCGGAAAGGAAAGGGGUGGCGGGAGAUCCAUUUAUCAGCAUGUUGACCGGAAAGUUGGAGUAUGACGAAUGCUUUACGACUGACAUGGCCUUAUACCACCCAAAGAGGCAAGACACAAAGGAAGGAGUUUGCUCAGGGGAUGUCGUGAAAGUGCGAGGAUUGCAGUACCAAACAAUUGUCGUCUUCAAAACAUACAAAGGCUGCUGGGUGGUUGGCUGUGGGGGACGAUUCUUCUAUCCAAUGGAAAUGCUAUGCGUUGCAGAAUGGCACAAAGUAUCACGACGAGUUUAAAAAGAAGAAAUGACGUGAAUCAAGAAAUUAAGUUCAAAGAGAGAAAAAAAGAGAAAUGCAAAAUUAAGUUGAAGAAAGAAAAACAAAGCGGGUAAAACGUGGUGAAAGAAAAGAAUGGUACUUGAAAGUGAAGUGACGGGCAUGAAAUUGUUUGAUAUGGUUCUGAUUUUUUGAUACGCCGC